AUGCAAGCACCUGGCCCAUCACGCAUGCAGCGCCGCUCCCCCGGCGCCACCGAACCUGGCCCUCCUCCAAAUGUCCCCGUUCGCUCCAUCUCGCCCGGCGUUGGCAUGAACCCCCAGAUGCGGUCGUCGACCGCCUCGAGCCGGUCCGCGCAGUCUAGCAGCUCGCGCAGAGGAAAGGACUCGACGGGGUCUGCGAACAUGCCCCUUUCCCAAAUCGAGAAGAGCGUCACCCAUCUCCUUGUCGCUACCAAACAGCUGCUCGAAACCCUGACACAAUGGUCUCGAGGCCAGGCGACCGACGGCCAAGUGUCCGAUGUAUAUGUUAGGCUGGGAUACGAGUUCAACAUGGCCUGUCGCGCGUUCAGCGCUAUCAAUGUCGACACGUCCGACUUGGGCAAUGUUCCAGAACUUCUUCGCAACAUACUCGAGUCGACUCUGAGCCAGGAAGCGAGCACAGAAAGCCUCGAAAAAUACCUGCCAAGGAUACGAGACAUUAUUAUCAACUUGUUACACGGCCUCAAGAGGAAACAGCAGAAACUCCGGCAGAAACAGGCGCGGGACAGGGAAGCCGGCGCAUCAAGUUCUGCCCCGGAACGCACCGUCAGCACGAGCACCGUCGCCAGCGGCAAUACUGGCCUGACCAACCUGCUGGAGGAGGGCAUACAAAAUGGCUAUCGGCCGGAUUUGCAGUCGAAAGAGACGUCGGGCCAGUCUUCAAAUCCCAACGCAAACCCGAAUGCGUCGCCGAGCCGUCGUUUCCCGCCGCGGGACCAGUCCAGGACCUCACUCGUCUCGGACCAGUCUUCCAUGUCGAGCAACACGAUGCAGAACAUGCCAGUCAUGCCACCCUACCCCGGCGACGAGACGGCCAUGCCCGCCGGCCCACCCAACGCGGAUCUCAAUCUUGACGCCUUCCCGCCGCCGCCGCCGCCACCGCCGCCUCCAAAGCAGGCCAGCAGCGCGCUGGCCGCUCUUCAAAAGGGUGGUGACCUCGAGAGGAGGGCGUCGCGGAGAUACUCGCAGUACCAGAUCUCCAAACACCUCGGAGGACCCAUGACCGGCGUGCCUAUGCUCCCCUCGCAGAACACGCCAAUACCAAAUCGUGGCAGAGGCGAGGUCCGGGAGUCGUUGCGUGCCGUCCAAGUCCGUGAAUCCGUGCGUCACAGCCGGAGCACCUCGAACCAGUCAGCACGCGGCGCAGGGUACGAACCCUCGCCUGUCCGGGCGCCGAGCCGCAUCGCCGAGGAGAUUUCCACAUCAGAUCUCCCGCCCAGGUCGGGCAUGGUUGACAGUCCGACAGCAAAGACCCCGGAAGACAAGUACCCCAAGCCAAGCGCAACACUCAACGGACCGUUGCCGAGCGAUCUGCCGGACCUGCCCCCGUACUCGCCUGAAAAGGAGAAGACUGAGCCGGUGCCAACGUCGGUACUUGAUAAGGAGCAGCCACCCCUGCCCCGGGAGGUCAAGACGCCCGAGAAGAAACGGGCCGAGAAUUUCCUCCAGGAGGCCUCGCCUCCCUUGACCAAGGACCUGACCCUCUUCCUUCAGUACAAGUCGAAGGUCAAGAAAUUCGUCCUGCCCGAGGGCUAUAGUGAUCUCUCGAUUGGGCGUCUGCAACUGGCGUUUAUCGAGAAGUUUUCCUGGAACACACAUUCGAAUGGAGCAGAUCUACCCGACAUCUAUAUCCAAGACCCUGUUUCCGGUGUGCGACACGAGCUGGAGGAUCUGUCAGACAUCAAGGACCGAACAGUCUUGGUGUUGAACAUUGAAGCCUUGGACGAAGUAAAGCGCCAUGUUGAUGAAGGCAUCGGGUCACUGAAACAGAUCAUCCAGGACGUCAAGCAAGGCAUGAGUGACCAGAGCAUUGCGCUGCAAUUAGUCUCAGAGCGUCAGCAGGAGACGGCCACCGAACUGGCCAGGCUGGCCGCCGCGCCUCCCACGAUUGUGCAGACGGCAGAGGGCUCCAAGGCCACGGCCGUUGCCUCGGGUCGCAAGCUGACCCCAGGCCACCUGACCGAGCUCCAAAUCUUGCGCCGUGACCUUGCCGUCAUGCGUCAGACGUACUCGAACUUUCAAUCUGAGAUUCAGGGCUCCAUGACCGCCAUUCGCGCCAAGGCGAGCAACGUCAAGGCGGCAACGAUCAACGCGUCCGUGCCGCACAUCAACGGCGACGGCGGCUACACCUACGUCUCCAAGGGCCGCGAGCAGCUCAACCAGGACUCGGAUAGGCUCGUGACCAAGGUGGACGACUUGCAAGACACAGUCGAGGACCUCCGCAAGGACGUCGUGCACCGCGGCGUGCGCCCCCUGCCCAGGCAGCUGGAGGGUGUGGCCAAGGACAUCACGCGCCUGACGAUGGAGCUCAAGAAGGUGGAGGAUUACAUGAAGCAGGAGAAACCCAUCUGGACCAAGAUUUGGGAGAAGGAGCUCGAGGACGUCUGCAAGGGCCGCGACGAGCUGCGCCUUAUGGAGGAUCUCAUGGUCGAUCUGCAGGACGAUCUCGAGAAGGCCUCGGAAACAUUCGCCCUCGUCGAGGCUGCCACCAAGGAGCAGCUCAAGGACAACGGCACCGGCGCGUCGGCCGGCAACGCCCGCAACUUUUCCAAGGGCCUCAACAGCCUCGGCAACUCGCUCGACCAGAACGCCGCCAAGGAGGGCGUCCUCGGCGAGGUCCGCGCCCUGAUGCCCAACCACGAGGACCGCCUCGAGGCCAUCGAGCGUGCCGAGAAGCUGCGCCAGCGCGAGCUCGCCACGCGCAACACGAACAAGCUGCAGCAGGAGCUGACCAACUUUGUCGAGGAGGGCAGGCUCAAAAAGUCCGGCGGGUUCGAGGAGGUCGAGCGCGCGCGCACGGCCAAGGAUGAACGCAUCCGACGGGAGGUCUGGGAGCGGCAGAACGGUCUCAUCAUGGACGACUUUGGCGACGAGGAGUUUGACGAGGACGAAGAGUUUGAAGGAGAAGAAGGCGUCGAAGAGCCAGGGGACGAGCAGCUGCUGGAGGAUGUCAAUGGCGACGAGGCGGCCGUCGACACACCGCCUUCGCCGCCGCCGGCCGAGGCAGCGGCCCCGGUCGUCAACGGAAAUGUGUCAUGA